CACACAGAGGCAAACACUAGGAGGUAGAAAAACAGAUGGUUUCCAGGAUGACUUGUCAUUGCUGGCCUCUGGUGGUAUCAAGGGGUCAGAUCCGAUCUGGGACCGCUCAGAUGUUGCCCUGGAGGCGUGGCUGAGAGCAGAAUAAAAGCUUCCUGAGACCGAGGGAUCUGACACUUCCCAACCUACCUGGGAAGAAAGACUGGUGGUCUCAGGAGGAGCAGAUCCCAUGCUGCUCCCAGUCCUGCUCUGUUUCUGGGCCAUUUGGUCCUGGACUGAUGGGCGAUGGUGCCAGCAGACAGAAACUGUCCGGGUAGAGGAGGUGGUGACCCCUCGACGGGAGGAACUGGUGCCCUGCAGCUAUCUCUACCAUUAUAUUCACCAGGGUUGGCAGCUGGACCUGGCCAGGAGCAGGCCCACAGACUCCCCCACUGCUGCUCUCUGCCCGAUCUACAAACCAGCUGAUGUGCGGCCGGUGGUAUGGAACCGGACAAUGAGGGCCUGUUGUCCGGGGUGGAGAGGGCCCCGUUGCACUCUAGGUGCCGGCACUGCAGAUCGCUGUUUUGCCACAUGGCAGUGCCAAGGAGGGCCAGAUUUAUUGAACGCCUCAGCAGACAGCUUGGAGGAGUGCUGUGCCCAGCCCUGGGGGCGCAGCUGGUGGAAUGACAGCUCAGAACACUGCUUUAGUUGUUCUUCCUGGCCUUUGACAGGUCACCAGCUGUCCCCGGCCCUCCUGCAGCCCCUGCCUGGGGCAGUGGGCCACCUCCGGAGCCAGCGCCAGGGCUUCUCGGCCACCUGCACCACUUGGUCGGGCUUCCACUACCAGACCUUUGAUGGGCGUCACUACCACUUCCUGGGCCGAUGCACCUACCUACUUGCAGGGGAUACGGAUGCCACCUGGGCUGUUUACCUCACUCCUGGCCAUUGCCCCCGACCCGAUUACUGCCACCCGACUGUUCGGGUUCUGAUGGGGCAGGAUGAGGUGCUGAUCCAGGGGUCCAAUGUCUCAGUAAAUGGAGCACUAGUGCUGGAGGGGGAACCUCUACUGCAGCAUGGGCUGAGCCUGCAGUGGCCAGGGGACUGGCUAGUCCUGUCUGGAGGUUUGGGUGUGGCGGUGAGGACGGACAGGGCUGGUUCUGUCUCACUCACCGCUGACCAUGAACUCCAGGGACAGACCAGGGGUCUCUGUGGCUUCUAUAAUGGCCAACCUGAGGAUGAUUUUCUGGAGCCUGAUGGGGAACAAGCCGUGUUAGCUGCUACUUUUGGCAAUUCCUGGAAGUCCCCUCACUCGGAGCUUGGGUGUGGGGAUGCGAUGGAGGCAUCUCAGAGCUGCAGGGGCCCCGCUGAGGAUACAGAGGCAGGGGCGGGGCUGCUGCAGGCCGAAGCUCAGGACGUCUGUCACCGGCUGCUGGAGGGUCCCUUCAGAGAGUGUCACGUCCAGGUCCCCCCCGGCGGGUUCCAUGAAGCUUGCCUCUUUGCCUACUGCACUGCAGGGGGUGGGCCGGUGGGGAGGCGGGAGGCGGUGUGCGCCACGUUCGCCAGCUACGCCCGCGUCUGUGCCCAGCGCGACGUUCUCGUCCUCUGGCGGGAGCCUGGCUUCUGCGAGCGCCUCUGCCCCGGGGGGCAGCUCUACUCGGACUGUGCGUCAUCCUGCCCCCCCAGCUGUGGGGCUGUGGGCGAGCAGGAGGAGGGGCGCUGCCGAGAGGGCUGCGUGAGCGGCUGUGAGUGCCCGCCGGGACUGUACAGGGACGGCCCCCUCUGCGUCCCCGCUGCUCGCUGCCCCUGCUACCGCCACGGCCAGCGCCACACCCCGGGCGACACGGUGUACCAGCUGUGCAACCCGUGCGUGUGCCAGGAAGGCCACUGGCACUGUUCCCAGAAGCCAUGCCCAGCAGAAUGUGCAGUGGGCGGGGAUGGGCACUACACCACCUUCGAUGGACGAAGUUUCUUCUUCCAGGGCACUGGGGGCUGCCGGUACACCUUGGUACAGGAUUCUUUGAAGGGGCAGCUGCUGGUGGUGUUAGAGCAUGGGGUCUGUGAGGCUGGGAGCUGCCUGCGUGCCAUCUCUGUCACCCUGGGGAAAGUCCACGUGCAGCUGCGGGACUCAGGGGCGGUGCUGGUAGGCAGGCGAGAGGUAGCAUUACCUUGGGCUGGGCCCGGAGGUCUUAGUGUUCAUCGAGCCUCCUCCACCUUUCUGUUGCUUCGUGGCCCCGGAGUCUGGCUCCUCUGGGGCCUACAUGAACCUGCUGCCUAUAUUACCUUGGAACCGCUCUAUGCCCACAGGGUAAGGGGGAUGUGUGGAACCUUCACCUGGAACCAGCAGGAUGAUUUCCUGACCCCCGCCGGAGACGUGGAAUCCAGCGUGGGGGCCUUUGCCAGCAAGUUUCAGCUGGGUGGGGAGGGAGCCUGCCAGGUGGGGGCUCCCGUUGUCCCACUGAACCCCUGCAGCACCCAUGCUCAGCGCCGUCUCUACGCAGAAGCCGCCUGUGCCGUUCUCCAGGGCCCGGCUUUCCAGCGAUGUCACAGGCUGGUGGAGCAAGAGCCCUACCAGCUGCGGUGCCUUUCAGCCGUGUGCGGCUGUGCCCCGGGCCACGACUGCCUGUGCCCUGUGCUCUCGGCCUAUGCCCGCCACUGUGCCCGGGAGGGUGUGCCAGGCCCCUGGAGGAGCCAGACUUUGUGCCCUGUUGUGUGUCCAGCCGGCCAAGAGUACCAGGAGUGUGCCCCGGCGUGCAGCCGGAGAUGUGGAGAACCCGAGGCCUGUGGGGAGCCUGUGGGCUGCGUGGCCGGUUGCAACUGUCCCUCUGGCCUGCUGUGGGAUCAUGAGAGCCAGUGUGUGCCCCCCAGCCUGUGCCCCUGCCAGCAGGGAGGCCGGUCUCAUGCUCCGGGCAGCGCCGUCUCGCAGGGAUGCAGCCGCUGCCUGUGCCAGGACAGGGGCAUCUGGAACUGCACGGAUCAGGACUGUGGCUCAGGAGUGGCUCUCUGCCCCGGAGGGCGCAUACACUCCCCGGGCUCCUGCCUCCUCACCUGCGACAGCCUUAGCACCAACGUCUCCUGUGCCCAGGAUGCUUCUGAGGGCUGCGUCUGCCCCCUGGGCACUGUGCUGCUGGAUGAACAUUGUGUGCCCCCUGAGCUGUGCCCUUGCAGACACAGCGGGCAGCUGUACCCCCCCAACUCAACCAUCCAGGAAGACUGCAACACCUGCGUGUGCCUGAGCGGACGGUGGAGCUGCACCGGUCAGCCCUGCGGAGGGCUCUGCAGGGCCUGGGGAGCCCCCCACUACAUGACGUUCGACGGUCUGGCGUUCACCUUCCCCGGCACCUGCGAGUACCUGCUGGUUCGGGAGGUGGACGGGGGCUUCUCCAUCUCGGCCCAGAACCUGCCCUGUGGGACGGGCGGCCUCACCUGCACCAAGGCCCUGACUGUGCGCCUGGGGAGCACCGUUGUGCACCUGCUCAGAGGCCGGGCGGUCACAGUGAACGGCGUGAGCGUGCGCCCUCCCAAGACCUACACGGGAUCCGGGCUGAGCCUGAGACAAGUCGGCCUCUCCUUGCUGCUCACGGCCCGCCGCGGCCUGUCCUUGCUCUGGGACGGAGGCACGCGGGUGGCGGUGCAGCUGGCCCCCCAAUUCCGGGGCCGAGUGGAGGGGCUGUGUGGGGACUUUGACGGCGACGCCGCCAACGAUCUUCGGAGCCGGCAGGGCGUCCUGGAGCCCACCGCCGAGCUGGCCGCCCACUCCUGGCGCCUCAGCCCUCUGUGCCCCGAGCCUGAUCCGGGAGACGCGCCCCACCCCUGCACCAUGAAUGCCCACAGGGUGGGCUGGGCCCGGACCCGGUGCGGGGCGCUGCUGCAGGCACUCUUUGCCCCGUGCCACGUGGAGGUGCCCCCUCAGCAGUACUACGAGUGGUGCGUGUAUGACGCCUGCGGCUGCGACUCAGGAGGCGACUGUGAGUGCCUCUGUUCGGCCAUCGCUACCUACGCCGAGGAGUGCGCCCGUCACGGGCUCCACCUGCACUGGCGCAGCCAGGACCUCUGCCCUAUACAGUGUGAGGGCGGCCAGGUCUACGAAGCCUGUGGCCCCACCUGCCCGCUCACCUGCCAAGGCCUCGAUGCUGAGCCCGGAUGGCCCUGCCAAGCCGUGCCCUGUGUGGAGGGGUGCUUCUGCCCCGAGGGCACUCGGCUGCACGGUGGGCUCUGCCUGGAGCCAGUCGCCUGUCCCUGUGAGUGGAGAGGCAGCUCCUUCCCGCCGGGAACCCUGCUCCAGAGGGACUGUGGGAAUUGCUCGUGUCAGGCCGGAGAGUGGCGCUGUGGGGAAGCUGACCCCCGCUGUGGAGAGGGGGCUCCGGGAUGUGCUGAGGGGGAGGUUCCGUGCCGAGGGAAUGGGCACUGUGUGCCCCACGAGUGGCUCUGUGACAACCAGGAUGACUGUGGAGAUGGCUCUGACGAGGAAGGCUGUGCCCCGCCGGGCUGUGGAGAGGCACAGUUCCCCUGUGGGGAGGGCCGUUGUCUGCCCUUGUCACUUCGCUGUGAUGGACGGAAGGACUGUGGAGACGGGGCGGACGAGCGUGACUGCCCCUGCCCCGUGGGGUCCCUGCCUUGUGCAGAUGGGCAUUGCCUGCCCCUUGCCCAGCUUUGUGAUGGGCAGCCCGACUGCCCAGAUGGUGCUGAUGAAGAGUCCUGCCUGGGGUGGGAGGCCUGCGGCCCUGGAGAAGUGCCCUGCUCAGAUGGAACCUGUGUUGGCACCUCUCGGCUGUGCGAUGGGGUCUGGGACUGUGCCGGCGGGGCCGAUGAAGGACCGGGGCACUGCCCCUCCCUCCUCCUCCCCACACCCCCUGCUGACACCCCGACUGGCCCCUUCAUGGGCAGCCUGGAGACCGGACCGACUUCUCCCAUCAGAGAAGUGUCCUGUGGCCACUACGAGUUCGGCUGUGGCAGUGGGGGCUGCAUACCUCGGGGCUGGCGCUGUGAUCAAGAGGAGGACUGCCCGGACGGCACAGACGAGUUGGGCUGUGGGCAGCCCUGCCCCCCACAUCACACGCCCUGCCCCCUCAGCCUCCACUGCAUACCCUACCCGCAGCUCUGCGAUGGGACCCCCCAGUGCCCAGAUGGCUCUGACGAAAGCUUGGAUUCCUGCGGCUCCACCCACACGCCACCCUGCCCUGGGCUUUUCCCCUGUGGCAUCGCUCCCCAGCUAUGCUUGCCACUGACUCGGGUCUGUGAUGGAAUCUCUGACUGCCCAGAGGGUGAAGAUGAACUGGACUGUGAGAGCCUGCCAUUUCCUACAACUCCUAACAAGACUGGUGUUUUUUGCCCUGAAUAUUCCUGCCCAGAUGGACACUGUAUCAGCUUUCAGCAGGUAUGUGAUGGACAGCCCGACUGUGAGUUGAGGGACGGGCUAGGACCAUCCUCUGAGGAGCAGGGCUGCGCCACCUGGGGCUCCUGGGCCCCCUGGGGGCUGUGCAGCCAGACUUGUGGGUCAGGGGUGCAGGCUCGGAGUCGCCGGUGCUCCCCCCCUAGUCUCCCUGUGCUCCAGCGCUGUCUAGGCCCGGAACAUCAAGCUCGCGCUUGCUUCACCGUUAUCUGCCCUGAGGAUGGUGUCUGGAGUGACUGGGCACCCUGGUCUGAAUGCUUGGAGCCGUGUGGGGGGGUUGUGACCAGACAUCGGACCUGUCGCCCACCCCGGAACGGCGGCCGGGCCUGUGCCUUGUUGCCUGGGGCCCCCCACAGCACCCUCCAGACAAAGCCGUGCUCACAGGAUAGCUGUCCCAAUGUCACCUCAUGCCCAGGAGAGCUGGUACUCAAGCCCUGUGCCCCUUGCCCUCUGACCUGUGCUGACAUUUCCAGUCAGGUCAAUUGUCUACCUGAGCAGUCCUGCAGUCCAGGCUGUUGGUGCCCCGAAGGACAGGUCCUGGGCCUUGACGGGCAGUGUGUGCAGCCAUGGCAGUGCCCCUGCCUAGUGGAAGGCACUCGCUAUUGGCCAGGGCAGCGGGUCAAGAUUAACUGCCGGCUUUGCACGUGUCAGGAUGGCAGGCUGCGCCGAUGCCGGCCUAACCCUGACUGUGCUGUGAACUGUGGCUGGUCAUCUUGGUCCCCGUGGGCCGAGUGUUUGGGCCCCUGUGGGAGCCAGAGCAUCCAGUGGUCCUUCCGAAGUCCCAACAACCCUCGCCACGUGGGUCAUGGUCAGCAGUGCCGGGGCAUCUACCGAAAGGCCCGGAGGUGUCAGACAGAACCCUGUGAGGAGUGUGAGCAUCAGGGGAGCCCCCGCAGGGUGGGGGAGCGCUGGCGGUGGGGCACCUGCCAGGUCUGCCAAUGUCUGCCCAACCGCACAGUUCAGUGUUCUCCCUACUGCUCUCGCGGAGCUUGCCCGCAGGGUUGGAUGCUGGUGGAGGGAAAGGGAGACGCAUGUUGCCACUGUGUUCCUGUUGGAGAGGACAGGACAGCUGCCCCUGUGACCACUCCAGUGCUUCCUCCCAGUCUCCUGCCAGAACCCAGUCUUCCCACCUAUUCACUGCCUGUACCUGGAGACCCUUGCUAUUCCCCACUGGGCUUGUCAAGACUCCCUUCUAGCAGUCUAAAAGCAUCAUCUGAACAUCCCAAACAUCCGGCCUGGGCUGGUCGUCUAGGGGUGUUGGGGCUGGAACCUCAGGGCUGGAGCCCCAGGGAAGAUACCUAUGCUGAGCUGCACAUCCAGCCCCCUUUCCUUCAGGUGGACUUGCUAAGGCCCCGAAACCUCACUGGCAUCGUGGUCCAGGGCGCUGGCUCCUCUGAUGCUUAUGUCACUAGCUUUUCGCUCCAGUUCAGCACUGAUGGGUAUCACUGGUAUGACUACCACGAGGUCCUGCCAGGCAUUCCGCCUACAACCAAGCUGUUCCCAGGGAACUGGGAUGACUCUACACCUGCAGUGAGGACGUUUGGUCGGGUGGUACAGACACGGCAUGUCCGGAUACUCCCCCGGGACUUCCACCACAGCAUCUUCCUGAGGGUAGAACUGCUGGGCUGUGAUCCAGUAUCCAGCCCGGCAGUACCACCGUGCCUAGGAAAUGAAUUCCCUUGCGCCAGUGGCGUGUGUGUCCCACGGGAGGCCGUGUGCAAUGGCGUAGGGGACUGUGGCGAUGGGUCUGAUGAAGAGGACUGCGCCGGCCCACUUCCAAGUGCUGCCAGGCCCAGAGAGCCCACCACAUCGGUCCUUCCUGCCCGCCUCACGCAGCCAACUCCCUGGCCCAAGGAGGGGCCAUUGGAUACUGAAGCCUGGAUUCCUGGACAGGAGUCAACUUUCCUUCCUAUAGAACCAGGCCUUGGUGUCCUCCCAGAGGAUACUUUUCCAGCUUCAGAAUCUCCCUCCCUGAGUACAAAGGCGCCACCCAGGACACAGACUCUUCAACCCAAAAUUGCUGCAGUGACUCAUACUCAGCCUUCCCUAGGUUCGAGCCCGACACGGUGGUCACCAUUCCCUCGAGUGCUAUGCAGCCCAGACCAGGUUCCCUGUGAGUUCCUGGGCUGUGUGGAGCCCAAGCAGGUGUGUGAUGGGCAGGAGGACUGUCUCGAUGGCUCUGAUGAACUGCACUGUGUGAGACCCUCACCUUUCGUGGUCCCCACGGCCACCCAGCCCACCCUGCCAGCCAUGGGAGCUCUCUGUUCCCCAAAGCAGUUGAGCUGCCGCAGUGGUGAGUGUCUCCCUGCUGAGCGUCGCUGUGACCUGCACACUGACUGCCAGGAUGGCUCUGAUGAGGACGGCUGUGUGGACUGCAUGUUGGCCCCCUGGUCCGGGUGGAGCAGCUGCAGUAGAAGCUGUGGUUUGGGGGUGACCUUCCAGCGGAGGGCCCUGCUUCGAGCUCCGCUGCCUGGUGGCAGCUGUCCCCAAGAAGAUUUCCAAAGUCGCUCCUGUUUCUUGCAGGCCUGCCCAGUUCCCGGGGCUUGGACUGCAUGGGGCCCCUGGAGUCCCUGCAGUGUGUCCUGCGGCGGAGGCCGGCAGCAGCGUUGGCGCAGCUGUACCGAUCCCCCACCCAAGAACGGGGGUGCCCCUUGUCCUGGGGUACCAGAGGAGAGCCUUCCCUGUGGCCUGCAGCCCUGCGGUGGUUCAGAUUGUGGCCCCGAGCUUGUGUAUGUGAACCCCGAGCAAUGCCAGCAGGGCCUGGUGCCCCAGUGCCCACCCUCCUGCCAGGACCCCGAAGCCAAGCAGAACUGUAGCCUAUCCUGUAUGGAGGGUUGCCGAUGCCCCCCCGGACUCCUCCUCCAUGGUGCCCAGUGUCUGACACUUUCCCAGUGCCCCUGUGUGGUGGGAGCAGAGACAAAGCUGCCCGGAGAGUCCUUCCUGCUGGGCAACUGCAGCCAAUGUGUGUGUGAAGAUGGAGCUCUUCGCUGUGAGGCAGGGAACUGUCCUGUGCAUUGUGGCUGGUCAGCGUGGUCUUCCUGGGGCCCCUGUGACCGCUCAUGUGGGCCAGGAACCAGAACCAGAUUCAGGUCUCCUUCCAACCCAGCAGCAGCUUCUGGGGGCGCCCCUUGUGAGGGAAGUAGGCAGGAAGUUCAGGCUUGCCACACGGACUGUGGAACUGAGCUUCUGGGCUGGACACCCUGGACACCCUGGUCCUCUUGCUCCCGAAGCUGCUCUGUCCCUGGAGGACCCCCUGCUUGGCGACACCGCUCUCGCCUCUGCCCCAGAUCUGAGGGGGCAGCCUGCCCUGAGGGAGAGCCCUCUCAAGAAGAGCUCUGCAGCCUUCCUGCAUGUCCAGUGUCUAGUACUUGGACGCCUUGGGCACCGUGGUCCUCCUGCUCGGCUGACUGCGAUGGGGGCGUUCAGACCCGUGGGCGCAGGUGCUCUGGCUCAGUUUCUGGCAGUCCCGAGUGCCAGGGACCUCAUAGCCAGACCCGAGACUGCCACACCCAGCCCUGCUCAGCCCAGUGUCCUGAGGGCAUGGUAUUCCACUCCAAGGAGCAAUGUCAGCAGGAGGGGGGACCGUGCCCACGGCUCUGCUUGGCACAGGACCCAGGUGUGGAGUGCACGGGAACCUGUGAGCCUGGCUGUACCUGCCCUCCUGGUCUCUUCCUGUACAACACCAGCUGCGUGCCCCUGAGUCAGUGCCCCUGCCAGCGCCACGGGCAGCUCUAUCCACCUGGGGCUGUGGUUCAUCUUGACUCCUGCAACAAUUGCACGUGUAUCUCUGGAGAAAUGGAGUGUAGCUCUGUGCCUUGCCCAGUGGCCUGUGGAUGGAGCUUCUGGACCCCAUGGAGUCCUUGUAGCCGAAGCUGUAAUGUGGGCAUCCGGCGACGUUUCCGGUCAGGCACAGACCCUGCCGCUGCCUUUGGAGGUGCUGAGUGUGAGGGUCCCAGUGUAGAGGCUGAAUUCUGCAGUCUGCAGCCAUGUCGUGGUCCUGGGAUGGAAUGGGGGCCAUGGUCUCCCUGCUCCGUACCCUGUGGUGGGGGCUACAGGAAUCGGACCAGAGGCAACGACCCCCAUAGCCCGAUUGACUUCUCUACCUGUGGUCUGCAGCCGUGUACUGGGCCGAUGCUGGGAGUAUGUCCAGAGGGAAAGCAAUGGCAUGAUUGUACGGAGGGCCCAUCUACCUGUGCAGAGCUCAGUGCCCAGGAAAAUACCAAUGGAACCUGCCAUCCUGGCUGCUAUUGUCCCCCUGGGACUCUCUUGUUGAACAACAUAUGUGUGCCUCGCCAGGAUUGCCCUUGUGCCUCUGGUGGGCAUCUUUACCCCGCUGGCAGCAUUGUCCUCCAGCCCUGUGAGAACUGCUCCUGUGUCUCCGGGCUCAUCACUAACUGUACAUCCCGGCCAUGUGAAGAAGACCAAGCCGUGUGGUCACCGUGGACCCCCUGGAGUGAGUGCUCCGCUUCUUGUGGUCCUGCUCGCCGUCACCGGCACCGUUUCUGCCCCAGGUCUCCUCAUCUGAAAUCCUCCACCAUCAUGCUUCUUAUCUCAACAACCUCCCUUCCCUUUCUUUGCCCCGGGCCAGAGGCCGAAGAGGAACCCUGCAUGCUGUCCCCCUGUGACCGUUCAGGAGGCUGGGGCCCAUGGGACUCAUGGUCAGCCUGCAGUCGAACCUGUGGGGGAGGCCUUCGGAGCCGGGCACGGCGCUGUGACCAGCCCCUGCCUCAGGGCUUGGGUGACUACUGUGAAGGGCCUCAUGCUCAGGGGGAGGUCUGCCAGGAAUCACCAUGCCCAGUGUCCAACUGCAGCGCUGUCCCUGGUGCUGAAUUCAGUCCCUGUGGUCCACCUUGCCCCAGGUCCUGUGACGACCUUGCGCACUGUGUGUGGCGCUGCCAGCCAGGCUGUUAUUGCCCUUGGGGCCAGGUGCUGAGCGUAGAUGGCACUGCCUGCGUAGAUCCAAGCUUUUGUGACUGCCUUGACCUGCUGACAGGAAAGCGGCAUCAACUGGGCUCCAUAGUGCCACGGUCGGAUGGCUGCAACGAGUGCACCUGUAUGGAAGGGAGGCUGAAUUGUACUAACCUGCCUUGCCCAGUCCCUGGAGGCUGGUGCUCUUGGUCCGAGUGGACCCCAUGCACCUCGCCAUGUGGGGGAGAGCACCGUGCCCGCUCCCGGACCUGUGCCUGUCCCUCACCUCAGCAUGGAGGAGCUUCAUGCCCAGGGGAGGCUGGUGAGACUGGCGCACAGCUUCAACGGGAGCCCUGUCCCAGACCCAUCAGGUGUCCAGUGGAUGGCGGCUGGAGCCCAUGGGGACCGUGGUCUGUUUGCAAUGCUUGCACCGGGGAAUCGUCUCGGAGCAGGGAGUGUUCCCAUCCAUCUGCAGAGAGGGGGGGCCGGCCCUGCCCUGGGAGGUACCGGGAGAGCCAGCCUUGCCAGGACAAUUCUACCCAUUGCACAGACUGUGGCGGUGGGCAGGGACUCCUCCCUUGUGGGAAGCCCUGCCCCCGAUCCUGCCAGGAUCUGUCCCCAGGGAAUGGGUGCCAUUCUGAGCCGUCGGACUGCCAGCCCUCAUGUGGAUGCCCGCCUGGCCAGCUCUUCCAAGACGGGCUCUGUGUGCCUCAGGCUCACUGCCGCUGCCAGUACCAGCCCAGAGCCAUGGGCAUCCCUGAGAACAGAAGCCGCUCAGAGGGGUCCCCGGCCAGCUCGUGGGAGAGUCUGGCGUCUGGAGGGGCUCUCAUGGGUCCUUGUGACAAUUGCACCUGUGUGGGGGGCACACUGCAGUGCCAGGAAGCACCCAGCUGCCCAGGUCCCGGGGGAUGGACACCGUGGGGCCCUUGGGGAGCGUGCAGCGUGUCCUGUGGAGGUGGAGAGCAGCUUCGCUCCCGGAGCUGUGCUCGCCCCCCGUGCCUGGGCCCUGCCCUCCAGAGCCGGAUUUGCCAAACCCAGGUCUGCAGAGAGGUGGGCUGCCCGGCUGGAAGGCUGUUCCGGGAAUGUGAGUCGGAUGACAGCUGCCCCUUCUCCUGCGCCCACAUCACCCAGCAGGUGGACUGUUUCUCAGACGGCUGUGAAGAGGGCUGUCACUGCCCACCGGGAACCUUUCAUCAUGGCUCAGCCUGCCUACCGGAAUGCCCAUGUGUCCUGACUGUAUCUCUGCUCUGGGAAUUGGAAGCUCACAGCCCAGAAUCCAGGGCACCUCUACCCACUGUGGGGGAGACUGGACAGCAUCUGGGUCCUGGGGAUGAGCUAGAUUCUGGCUGGACCCUCAGAAUGGGUUGCAGCAAUUGUUCUUGUGUCCAUGGGCAGCUCGCCUGCAUCCUCAUGCACUGUCCUGUGAGUGGAGGCUUUACUCCCUGGAGUCCGUGGGGGCCCUGUUCUCGCUCCUGUGGGGGAAUGGGUACCCGCACCCGCACUCGGAAGUGUGCCCACCCCAAACCUGCUCAUGGUGGCCAGGACUGCCAAGGGCCCCGCCAGGACCUCGAAUACUGUCUCAGCCCAGAUUGUCCUGGAGCUGCAGAAUCCACAGUAUUUCCAGGGACGGCUCUCCCAGGCGGCUGGGGCACAUGGUCCCCUUGGUCCCCCUGCUCCCAGAGCUGCACAGAUCCAGCUCAGCCAGCCCUUCGUGGUCGGAGCCGCCACUGCCUGGCCAACUGCACCAGUGGGGAGGCCAUCCAGGAGCGGCCUUGCAAUUUACCUCUGUGUACAGCCACGCUGUUGUGCCCUGGCCCAGGCUGCCCUGGGGGGAACUGCUCCUGGACAGAGUGGGCUCCUUGGACACCCUGCUCCCGGAGCUGUGGUGUGGGUCAGCAGCGUCGCCUGCGGGCCUACUCCCCCCCUGGGCCUGGUGGGCAUUGGUGCCCUGACAUUCUCACUGCCUACCAAGAGCGCCGAUUCUGCAACCUGCGGGCAUGCCCAGUGGCUGGCGGCUGGUCCCACUGGAGCCCCUGGUCCUGGUGUGACCGGAGCUGUGGAGGGGGUCGCUCGCUGAAGAGCCGGAGCUGCACCCGUCCCCCACCCAAGAAUGGGGGUGCUCCCUGUUCCGGAGAGCAACAUCAAGUACGCCUCUGCAACCCCGAACCUUGCGAGAAAGGCUGCCCUCCGGGCAUGAAGAUCUCAGCCUGCGCCAGCCGGUGCCCACGCCGCUGCUCGGACCUCCAGGAAGGCAUCGCGUGUCAAGAGGGCCAGACCCCGCGCGCAGGGGCAGGGACGCACGAUGGUCAGACCUGCGCGCGGGGCUGCCGCUGCCUGGACGGGUUCCUGGAGCAGGACGGAGGCUGCGUGCCGGUGGGGCACUGUGAGUGCACCGACGCUCACGGGCACAGCUGGGCACCGGGGAGCCAGCACCAGGAUGGCUGCAACAACUGCACGUGCCAGGCUGGGCGGCUCUCCUGCAGCGCCCAGCUCUGCCCACCGCCCGCCUAUUGCGCCUGGAGCCGCUGGUCAGCUUGGUCACUGUGCAGUCGCUCUUGUGGCCCCGGGGGGCGGCAGACCCGCUUCCGGUCAUCCACAUCUGGUUCAUGGGCCCCUGAGUGCCGGGAGGAGCAGUCACAGAGUAAGCCCUGCCCCCAGCCCGUGUGCCCACCCCUGUGCCCCCAUGGCAGCCACCUCAAAGCCCUUGGGGACCGUUGGCUAGAAGGAGAGUGUCAGCAGUGCUCCUGUACCCCAGAGGGCAUUAUUUGCCAGGACAUCGAAUGUGCAGUGCCUGGGGCUUGGACACCAUGGUCCCCCUGGUCAGAUUGUCCAGUUUCUUGUGGGGGCGCAAACCAGGUUCGAACCAGAGCUUGUAUUGAUCCACCCCCACAACAUGGAGGGCUGCCCUGCCCAGGCCCAGACACCCAAGCCCAGCCUUGUGGGCAGCAGCUUUGCCCAGGGCUGCCUGUGUCCUGCUCCUGGGGGCCGUGGGGACCUUGCUCCCGAAGCUGUGGCCCCGGCCUUACUUCUCGAUCUGAUUCCUGUCCCUGCUCCCCAAAUGGCCUUGGCUCCUUCUGCAAUGGCACCUCAUCCCAUCUGGACACCAGGGCCUGUUAUUCUGGACCUUGCCCAGAGGAGUGUGUGUGGACCAGCUGGAGCAGGUGGACAGUCUGUUCAUGCCGGGUGCUGGUCCAGCAGCGGUACCGGCACCAGCGCCCAGGCUCCAGGGGCACAAGUCAGGAGACCCCCUGCACUCGCCUCGAUGGCCACUUCCGGCCCUGCCACCCCAGAAAUUGUUCUGAGGAGAGCUGUGAGCCACCAUUCGAGUUCCAGGUCUGUGGUUCCCCUUGUGCUGGGCUCUGUGCCACUCAUCAGCGUGCCGGUCUCUGCCAAGACCAAGCUCCCUGUCAGCCUGGCUGCUACUGCCCCAAGGGGUUAUUAGAGCAGGCAGGGGGCUGUGUCCCUCCUGAGCAGUGUAGCUGUCUCUUGGGCCCCGACGGUGGAGGAGGGGAGCCCCGGAUUCUGGCUCCUGGAGAACACGUACACUUGGGCUGUAAGGAGUGCGUGUGCCGGGAUGGAGAAGUGCAGUGUUCCAGCCAUAACUGCCAAGGUCUUCUCCCCCUGAGUGGGUGGUCAGAGUGGUCGCCCUGCGGACCUUGCCUGCCACUUGCUGCUCCAGCCCCUACCUUGUUGAGUGCCCUGCGGGAGCGUGGGUUCCAGGAGGGACCCGCUCCUCCGCCUCCUGGGGUCUCCCUUGGGGUCUCUGAGCAGCACCGGCACCGCCUAUGCCUGGAUCCUGAGACGGGAAGGCCAUGGGCCGGGGACCCUGGUCUCUGCGCUGCCUCUCUGAGCCAGCGACGCCGCUGUCCCAAUCUUGGGGUCUGCCAAGACCCUUGCCAGUGGGAAACCUGGGGCUCUUGGAGUCCGUGUCAAGUAUCUUGUAGUGGAGGAUUCCGGCUACGUUCACGGAAGGCAAGGGGUCUUGCCAGAGAAAAAUGCCAGGAACCCUGGGCUCAGACAGAAAGUUGCAAUACUAAUCCAUGCCCAGAUGAGAGUUGUGAGGCCCGAGGUACAAUGCCAACAGCUGAUUGUGCCAACCGGUGUCCCCGAAGCUGUGUUGACCUGUGGGAUAGAGUGCAGUGUCUCCAGGGGCCCUGCAGCCCAGGCUGUCGUUGUCCUCCUGGCCAACUGCUUCAAGAUGGCCAGUGUGUACCUAUAUCUUCUUGCCCCUGUGGCUUCCUGAGCUCCAAUGCCACUUGGGAGCUGGCUCCACCUGGGGAGCUGCAGUUGGAUUGCCAUAAUUGUACCUGUGUCAAUGGGUCCUUGGGAUGCACGCCCUAUGAGUGCCUGGUCUUUGGGCCCUGGUCAGGCUGGAGCGACUGCUCAGCCUCCUGUGGUGGGGGUACCCGGGAGCGGCAGCAGAGCUGUGAGCAGAAUCUCCAGGGGUUCCCAUGCCAGCUUCAGGCCAUAAAGCAGACAGAAGAAUGCAAUUCUGAGCCCUGCACAGCUUCAUGCCAGCUGGGUGAGUGGUCAGAGUGGAGCGACUGCAGUGCCAGCUGUGGGGGAGGUGUGUCGGAAAGGAAGAGAGAUCCACUUCUGGGAACACUAUGCCCCCUGCUCUCCCUGCUGCGGCUCCGGAGGACGUGCAGCACCCAGCCCUGUAGCCAAGAGUGCCCUCCUGGUCAGAGACCCACUCCCUGUGCCACCUCAUGCCCAAGCCGAUGCUCAGACCUGCAGCCUGGCAGUCUCUGUGUGCAGUUGCCUUGCCAACCUGGCUGCAGCUGUCCUGAAGGGCAGCUGCUGCAUGCAGACAGAUGUGUCCCCUGGGCUGAGUGCCCCUGCAACCAGCUUUCACUGCCCUGGGCCCUCUUCUUGACCCCAGAGGAGCAAGCUCAAGAGCUACCUUCUGGGACUGUACUUGUCCGGAACUGUACUCACUGCAUCUGCCAGGAAGGAUCCUUCAACUGCUCCAGCGACUGUCAGGAGUGCCCACCUGGAGAGAGGUGGCAGCGGAUGGCACCGGGGGAAUCCGGCCUGUGUGAGAAGACUUGUCAGGAGAUGUAUGCCGAGGAGCCGCUUCAGAGUAACUGCAGCAUGGUGCAGACCGAGGGCUGCAUCUGCCAGAAUGGGCAUUUCCGCAACCAGGCGGGCACCUGUGUCACAGCUGCCCACUGCGAGUGCUGGCACCAUGGGCAUUUCUACUUGCCUGGGGCUGAAUGGCAGGAUGACUGUGAGUGGUGCAGGUGCAUCGAUGGGAGGAGCUUUUGUACACGGAGUUGUCCCCCCAUCACCUGUGCUCAGGGUGAGAUGAAAGUACAGAAGCCAGACAGCUGCUGCCCCAUAUGUCAGCAGGAGGCAUUAGAGGAGCCAUCAGUCUCCUGCAAGCUCCUCACUGAGCUUCGAAAUAUCACCAAGGGCUCCUGCUACCUGCACCAGGUGGAGGUGAGCUACUGUGGUGGGCACUGUCCUUCCAGCACUAACGUCAUUCCUGAGGAGCCGUACCUGCUGAGGGUGUGUGACUGCUGCAGCUACCUGCUGGACCCUGUGAGCCCCGUCCGCAUCCUGAGUCUGCUUUGCCCUGGGGGUGACACAGAGCCGGUGGUACUUCCCGUCAUACACAGCUGCCAAUGCAGUCCCUGCCAGGGAGGGGAUUUAUCAAAGCGCUGAUUGAUAACACACUUAACUCCACAAUAUGACCUGCAUCGUUUGGAACAGAGCUCAUUUCAAAACAAGAAAAAAAUAUAUUCACAAAGCAUAUCUGAAGGAAUAUACUUUGUCAGAAUGUGUUUCUGCAAUUUAGGGUUUGGAAAAAUAUAGUCUGAUAGACCCACCCUCUUUGUUCACAAGGCCAACAGGCGUGAAUAUGAACCACAAAUGGUCCUGGGGGCUGUGGAACAGGAGCAGCCCAUUCCCUAAUAAAGCAAAUGU